AUGACUCGUCAUGGUAAAAAUGCUACGGCAUCAGCGGUAUAUUCAUAUUCAGAAAGACGAAAAGAUGCUAAAGAAUCUGGUUAUGGUACUUUGCAUCAAAGAUUAGGUGCUGAUUCAGUUAAAGAAUUCGAUUGUUGUUCAAUCACUUUGCAACCUUGCCGUAAUCCGGUAAUAUCACCGUAUGGAUACAUUUUCGACAGGGAGGUUGUUUUGGAAUAUUAUCUGGAACAAAAGAAAGAAAAUGCACGAAAAUUAAAGGAAUGGGAGAAACAAUGUAAAAAGGAAGAGGAGGAAGCAGAAAGAGAAAAACAUUUGGAUGAAGAACUAAAAUUGAAGAAAUUCAAAGAAAUAGAAGGUACACCAGCCCAUCCAGGAGUAAAACGAGAUGUGGGCGCUGAUUGGCCUACCACUUCUGCUGGUGCUACCCCUUCUGGAUCGAGGAUUAACAAACGUAAAAUACUUGGAAGCGAUCGAUCGAAUGGCAAACGAUUGAAAGAAGAUGAGAUUUCAAAUGUAGCAGGCGAGAAAGCAAAAGAAUAUCCGAGUUUUUGGAUUCCACAGUUAAAUACUGCUGUGGAAGUCAAAGAACAACGUGUUUUUUGUCCGCUUUCCGGCAAACCUCUAAAAAUUAAAGAAUUAAUGCCGGUAAAAUUUACCGUUAUGCCUGAUGAUAACGGUAAUAAGAGUUUGAUAGCUCGGACGGUGCGAUAUAUGUGUCCUGUAACGCAUGAUGCACUUACUAAUACAACCCGAUGCGCAUACUUGAAGACAAGUCAGAGUGUUGUUACGAUGGAUUGUGUUGAGAAAAUAAUUAGGAAAGAUAUGAUAGAUCCAUUGAAUGGCAAGCCUAUGAAGAAUGACGAUAUAAUCGAAUUACAGAGAGGUGGUACAGGAUUUGCCUCGACCAAUGCGGUGGAAGCCAAGUUGGUACGACCUCAGCUGGAGUUGCAAUGA